GGUUUGAUCCACGUGUAGUAGUGUUGCUCGGUUUAUGAUAGAUAUUUUCAAAUGUGAAGAAUAAUAAAUAUAAUUUCUUAUUCUUUCAAAGAGAACCGGUGUAUUAUUAUUUAAACUUUUAUUGUGUGAUAAAAAAAAGGAAGAUGUUAACAACAAAAGUUUUCUUUCGCAAGACCAAGAGUGGCAAUGUUUUUAAAACCGUACGUGAACAUUAUCUUCGUGAUGACAUUCAUUGCGGAUUUCUAGCAUGUGAUAAAUGCUUGCACAGAAACAAAAACAUUAUUUUAGAUGAUGAUGAUUCCAGCGUAAAAAAUACUAAACUCAUGCAACCGUAUUAUCUUUUAUUAGAUACUAAUAUUGUUUUAGAUCAGAUUGAUAUUUUGGAAGAAGAUGUUCUAUGUAAUGUCAUAAUUUUGCAAACAGUGUUAGAGGAAGUCAAACAUAAAAGUUCUACCGCAUUUAAAAAGUUGAAAGCUAUUAUUAGUGAAACACAUAGAAGAUUUUAUGUAUUUGUCAACGAACAUCAUAAAGAGACAUACGUUGAACGUCGUCCGGGUGAAAGCAUGAAUGACAGAAAUGAUAGAGCAAUUCGUGUUGCAACAAAAUGGUAUAAUACUCACUUAGCUGCUAUUAAUUGCACUAUUAAAACUGUGCUAUUAACAGAUGAUGCAAAAAAUAGAGAAUUGGCUGAAAAAGAGGGAAUACCAGUCUUAACAAUGGAGGAUUAUGUGCUAUCGUUAGAAAAUUCAAGCCUAUUAGCAGAUAAAUUAUGCAAACGCAAUUACGGUGUAGAGAAUAGCAGUAAACCAUUUUUUCCAUGUCAUCUCACUCCAGUUCAACUGCAUGAUGGUAUCAAAAGUGGAAAAUUUCUGCAAGGAACAUUUGCAGUCUCAAGAGAAAAUUUUCUUGAAGGAUACGUAAAUACAGAAGGGAGAGAAAAAUCUAUUCUUAUUCAAGGUCGAAGUAAUCUGAAUAGAGCUGUUGAUGGCGAUACAGUUGCAAUAGAGCUUCUAGCAGAGGAGCAAUGGUCAUCCCCUAGUGACAUUGUUCUGCAGGAUGAAGUAGAAGCAGAUGUAGACGAUGUUCUAGAAACUGAGAAAGUAUUAGACAAAUUUGUUAACACUAACAAAAUGGAAAAAACCCCCACUGGAAAGAUUGUCGGUAUAAUCAGAAGGAACUGGAGGCAGUAUUGUGGGAUAUUGCAACCUACUAAUAUUGAAGGGAAUGUGAAACAUUUGUUCGUCCCAGCUGAACGAAAAAUACCGAAAAUUCGAAUCGAGACUAGGCAGUACGAAUUGUUGCGUAAACAGAGAAUUAUAGUUGCUAUUGACUCAUGGCCGCGCAAUUCUAGAUACCCUCUGGGUCAUUUCGUUCGCGCUUUAGGCGAAAUAGGGCACAAAGUGACCGAGAACGAAGUCAUUCUUUUAGAACAUGAUGUUCCGCAUAGUCGAUUUUCUGAUGCGGUUCUUAGCUCACUUCCUAAAAUGCCUUGGUGCAUCACUGAAGCUGACAUAGCUCAAAGGGAGGAUCUCAGAUAUUUAGAUGUAUGUUCGGUCGAUCCUCCAGGAUGUACGGAUAUUGACGAUGCACUCCAUUGUAAACCAUUAAAGAAUGGUAAUUUUGAAGUUGGCGUACAUAUCGCUGAUGUAACACACUUUAUUAGACCUGGUACAGCUUUGGACAAAGAAGCUGCUUUGCGAGCUACGACUGUGUAUUUGGUUGAUACGAGGAUUCAAAUGAUUCCAGAAUUGCUGAGUACAAAUCUGUGUUCCCUGAGAGGAAACGAAGAAAGGUUUGCAUUCUCUUGUAUAUGGGAAAUGGACACAGAUGCAAAUAUAGUUAACACCAGGUACUGCAAGUCUGUAAUUCGUUCACGGUCAGCUAUGACUUAUGACCAGGCGCAAUUGAAAAUAGACGACCUCACUCAGCAAGAUGUACUUGCACAGUCAUUGAGAAAUCUCAACAAUCUGGCGAAGAAGUUAAAACAGAGACGUUUAGAAAAUGGUGCAUUGGUACUAGCUUCACCAGAAAUUCGUUUCCAUGUUGACGACGAAACUCACGAUCCCAUCGAUGUGGAGGCGAAGAAAUUAAAAGAAACAAAUUCCAUGAUUGAAGAGUUCAUGUUGCUUGCAAACAUCUCGGUUGCUGAAAAGAUAGUUGCAGAAUUUCCGGAAUGCGCUGUAUUGAGAAGACAUCCGGAACCACCGCCUGCCAAUUUCGAGCCUUUGAUAAAAGCUGGAAAAAAUCAGGGCUUCGCUAUAAACGUCAACAGUGGAAAGGAACUGGCAGAAUCUUUAGAUCAAUGUCAUAUAGAAGACAAUCCAUAUUUCAACACUAUGUUAAGAAUAUUAGCAACUCGAUGCAUGAUGCAGGCUGUGUACUUCAUUAGUGGCAUGCAUCAACGAAGCGAAUAUUUCCAUUAUGGUUUAGCGUGUCCUAUUUAUACUCAUUUUACGUCGCCCAUUCGAAGAUAUGCAGACGUAAUGGUUCAUCGUUUACUGGCGGUUUGCAUAGGAGCUGACGCUACAUAUCCCGAAUUAUUAGACAAAAAGAAAAAUCAUGAGCUCUGUCAUAAUCUGAAUUAUCGAAAUCGAAUGGCUCAGUAUGCUGGUCGUGCAUCUGUUGCACUUAAUACUCACUUGUUCUUCCGAGAGAAAAUACAAGACGAGGAGGGAUAUAUACUUUUUGUACGAAAGAACGCGUUGCAAGUACUGAUUCCGAAAUACGGUUUAGAAGGAACAUUGUACUUAAAGGACAACAAAGAAGCAGGUGUGUCGUUUCAGUACGGUGCCGAGGAUCAUUCUCAAACUUGUGAAAAUAUUAUAUUCCGUACAUUCGAUCCUGUUAUAGUCCAAAUUUGUUUGGACAGAUCCAAUGUACAGCAUGAAAAAUUAAUAUUUAAACUAGUUCAUCCACAUAUCCCAGGAUUUAGCGUGUCUCCAGUGAGUGCACAGGUCUCUUGUACUGUGCAACAAAAUACGGUAGAAGUAGGUAAGCGAAAAAUGGACGAAAAUGUACAUAUGGAAGAUAAUACUGGGGCAGUUGGAAAUAAAAAGAAGAAAAAGAAGAAGAAGAAGCAGACUUAACAUCAUUUAGAAAUUUCAAUUUUCGAAGGAUUUAUUUUCGAGUGUAUGUUUUACAUUAAAUCUUUGAAAUAUAUAUGUAACGCGAAGAAUAAAUUAUUUUAUAACCUGUAAUCACUUUACAUUGUUGUACGACCGUAUGGUGACUAUGUUAGAUGGAAUAACCAAAAUAAAAUUAAAGAAACUGUAAAUAUU